UCUCCCCCAGUCAAAAUCCGUCUCUCUUUUCCCUUUGCCCCCCCCCCCCCACUGCCCUUUCUCAAAUUCGGAGUUCAGCUUUCUUUGACCCUCUCACUAGUUUACUUUCUACCCCACCUCCCAAAUCUUUCAAGUCUUGCCUGCAAUUUUCUUUUAUUCUCUCUCUUUUCCUCUGACCACCUUCGUUUUUCUCUGCCUCUAUCCUCGUCUUAGUCGGUUUGCCAUACUUCACUUCACUGUCCUCCUCGCUUCUUUAAAUUUACGAUUUUAACAAUAGCAAUAAUAAUAAAAAAAAGGUGGGCGUGGGAAAAGUAAAAGAAAAUCUGGCUGUCAGCCCUUUCUGCAUAAAUAUUUGUUCUACCUGUUAUAACCCCCAGAUGAAUGCAGGGCUAUUUUAUCUGUGUUCCAUAAAUAACCUCAGAGGGACAAGAAGCCAUAAAUGUAUGAUUAAAAUGGUAUGGGGGUUGUAGCGUUCCCCCCCCCCCCCAAUAGUUAUAUAUUUAAAUCUGGGAGAUUAAAAUAAUAAUCUGAACUGAGAUCCCAUUUUUCAAGAGGGGAGAGUGGAAGAAACUUAGGAAAUUAUUUUUUGUAAAGGUAGAAUUGGAUAUUUUAUUUAUUAAAUUAUUUAAGCUGCUUUUUGAAUGUAUUGAUUUUAAGACCAUUUUUGUCCGGAUCUGAAAUAGUUUUCUGCACAGUUUGGUCUCAGUUCUCCUCAAAUAUCAGUUACCUUUUUGAAAUUUGCAUUGCCCUGCCCCCCCCCCCCACCCCACCCCGUGUUAGGUGCUUUCCUUUGUUCAGGAAUUUUAGCCUUUUGUCUUAGCUCUGAUCACUCCAUAAACUUCCUCUAAAAAUUAGUGGAUUAAAAAAAAAAGUUGAAAGAAUAGGUAAAGUUUAACAGAGCACCUGGGUGAGUGUGUAGGGAGUGGAAGAUGAAUACAGCUGCGAGUAGCUACCCAAUGGCAUCUCUGUAUGUUGGUGACUUGCACCCGGAUGUCACAGAGGCCAUGCUGUAUGAGAAGUUCAGCCCUGCUGGUCCUGUGCUUUCCAUCCGUGUUUGCAGAGACAUGAUCACCCGUCGCUCCCUAGGAUAUGCUUACGUCAACUUUCAGCAGCCGGCUGAUGCUGAGCGAGCAUUGGAUACCAUGAACUUUGAUGUGAUCAAAGGCAAACCUAUCCGCAUCAUGUGGUCCCAGCGGGACCCUUCCCUGAGGAAAUCCGGGGUAGGGAACGUCUUCAUUAAGAACCUGGACAAAUCCAUAGACAACAAGGCACUUUAUGACACAUUCUCAGCUUUUGGGAAUAUCCUUUCUUGCAAGGUAGUGUGUGACGAGAAUGGCUCUAAAGGCUAUGCAUUUGUGCACUUUGAGACGCAGGACGCUGCAGACCGGGCCAUCGAGAAGAUGAAUGGCAUGCUGCUCAAUGACCGCAAAGUAUUUGUUGGUAGAUUUAAAUCUCGUAAAGAACGUGAAGCAGAAUUGGGAGCCAAAGCAAAGGAGUUCACCAAUGUCUACAUUAAAAAUUUUGGGGAUGACAUGGACGAUGAGAGGCUGAAAGAAGUCUUCAGCAAAUACGGUAAGACCCUCAGCGUUAAAGUCAUGACAGACCCUACUGGGAAGUCCAAAGGCUUUGGCUUUGUGAGCUUUGAAAAGCACGAAGAAGCCAGCAAGGCAGUGGAAGAAAUGAAUGGAAAAGAUAUCAGUGGGAAAAUGGUGUUUGUGGGUCGUGCACAGAAGAAAGUGGAACGCCAGGCAGAGCUGAAACGCAAGUUUGAGCAGCUAAAACAGGAGAGAAUCAGCCGGUAUCAGGGAGUUAAUCUAUAUAUUAAGAACCUUGAUGAUACAAUUGAUGAUGAGAAACUGAGGAAAGAAUUCUCCCCUUUUGGGUCUAUCACAAGUGCCAAGGUAAUGUUGGAAGAUGGGCGAAGCAAAGGCUUUGGCUUUGUCUGCUUUUCCUCUCCGGAAGAAGCCACAAAAGCUGUGACAGAAAUGAAUGGGCGCAUUGUGGGCUCCAAGCCAUUGUAUGUCGCCUUGGCCCAGAGGAAGGAGGAGCGAAAAGCCCACCUCACCAACCAAUAUAUGCAACGCAUCGCUGGGAUGAGAGCCCUGCCUGCUAAUGCCAUCAUCAAUCAGUUCCAGCCAGCUGCCGGAGGGUAUUUUAUGCCUGCUGUGCCCCAGGCUCAGAGCAGACCCACUUACUAUGCACCUAACCAGAUGACUCAGAUGAGACCCAACCCACGCUGGCAGCAAGGGGGAAGACCUCAAGGCUUCCAGGGUAUGCCAAACACCAUGCGACAGUCUGGACCACGACCAGCACUACGCCAUCUGGCUCCAGCGAGUAAUGCUCAGCCUUCACGUGGCCUGCCAGGUGCCACCCAAAGGAUUGGAGUUGCUGCCACAGCUCCAAACUUAGUGACUCGACCACCUGUAGCUACCCAAGCUCCCAGGGCUGUUCCGCCGUACAAGUAUGCCUCAAGUGUCCGCAGCCCCCAUCCUGCUGUACAGCCUUUACAGGCCUCUCAGCCUGCUGUUCAUGUACAGGGACAGGAGCCUUUAACUGCAUCCAUGCUAGCUGCUGCUCCUCCCCAGGAGCAAAAGCAGAUGCUGGGAGAGCGUUUGUUCCCACUGAUCCAAGCUAUGCACCUCAGCCUUGCAGGAAAGAUCACAGGAAUGCUGCUAGAGAUUGAUAACUCAGAGUUAUUGCAUAUGCUGGAGUCUCCUGAAUCCCUCCGCUCAAAGGUGGAGGAGGCUGUGGCUGUGCUGCAGGCUCACCAAGCCAAGAAAGAAGCUGCCCAGAAAGUAGGCAUAGUGGCUGCUACCUCUUAAAUCAGGGAGGCUGGUUGUGAAAAGCCAAAUGGGGGUCCCUGAAGAAACUAUCCGCUUAAGAAGUUUAGAAAUAAUGUUAUCCUGCACAUUUCAACAUCAUACAACGUAUCUCAUUAACAAUAUUUCAGUGUGUAAAUCUCCUAAAAUGCCUUAUUUGCAAAAACGGCAAAAAAAACCUACACAAAAAAAUCCAAAUUUCCCUACAGCUUUUGGUUUCCAAGAAUUAAAUAUGCAAGGUUUCCUUCUCACAUCCAGGACAGAAUUAACCACCUCCUGGCAUUUUUCUGACUGAACAUUUUCAUUUGCGGUUCUUGGUUUUAAUCAGACAAUCCUGUUUGCAAAGUCUGGAAUGUGUUUAUCAAUAAAGGAAUAAAAGCA